AAAACGCGACCCAGCCCAACAGGGCCACAGAUAAUUAGGCCAUUCCAAACCCACCCAUCCACCGAUUCCACCCACGCUCACGAUUCUCCUUUUUCUCUCACCUCCUGCUUCCUCGUCAUCAUCCUUUUCAAAUACCACAAAUUAAAAGUUUUUUCCUAGGGUUUCACAGAGCACCCGAUCGACAUGGAUUGGGGGAACGUAACAGCGGAAGAUCUGAUCGACGCUCUCCGAGAAGUUGACUGGUCAACACCCCCGCGCCCCCUCUCUGAAUUCUUCUCUAGAUUCACCCUUCCCAGAUCUUACUCCAAAUGGAGCAGUCGCCUCAAAUGUAAUUUCUACUACUAUAGGACGAACUACUUCAUUAUGAUCGUCUUCAUCCUUGGGAUGGGGUUCUUGAGGAGGCCAAUUGCUAUUGUUGCUGCUUUCUUAACAGCGCUAAGCAUUGCUUUUCUGAAUGAUAGCUUUGCAGGCACUUUUAGUGAAAAGGUGACAAGAACUGUGAGGCAAUUCUCUCCACAUUUAGCUGCAAAGAUGAGACCUCCUCUCACGCCUGUUAUUCGUGGGCGCCCAUCAGCUAAAAGAUCAAUUCUUAUAUGUGGACGGCCACGUUGGGUGUUUGUCUUAAUAUUCUCUUCUGGUAUUUAUAAAAAUUUUCUGAUUUAUUUCUUUAUUCAUUGCAGUGCAAACCAAGCCAUUUUUAUAAUCUAUUAUAGUAAUUUAGAUCUCAUGUUGACUAAUCCUUUUUCCUUUUUCUUCUUUCCUCUCUCUGUAGUGAGCUUCAUCCUUUGGUUUGUUUCUUGUAGUAUCUUAACUGUUCUAUGGGCAUUGGCCAUUGGUCUUCUUGGUAUUUUCGUCCAUUCUUAUUUUCUUCCACACUUUUUUCUCUUAGCAUUUCGUUUUUUAAUACUCUCUCUCUCUCUCUCUCUCUUGCAGCCACUAUCCUCCAUGCAAGCUUUAGAACACCGAACUUGAAAGCACGUUUAAACACAUUCCGUGAGGAAUUUCGUGCAGUUUGGCGCAAUUAUAGCGAAUUGUAAUUCCUUGGAGUUUGUAGAAUGUAAGUGAGCUCUUGCUUGAUCCUUCCAUCUAGACUUUACUAUUUAUUUGUCAUUAUGCUUUCUUGUUAAAAGCUCUUCAUUGGAUUCUUGUCCCUAUUCCCCCAUUAUAAUUUCUUCUUUUUCCUAAUAGGUUUCUUUUAGUAAUAUGGAAUUAUCAGUUUCCUUCUUUCCUUUGGUUUUUUUAUCAUCAUCAUCAUCAUCAUCAUCAUCAUCAUUAUUAUUCACCUUUUUAUUUGGUGAGUGGGGUCAUUUUCAUCAUCAUAUUGGUUGGGUUUUCCUAACCUCGUGUCAGGGGAGAGAUUUCCGGGGGUUAUUAUUGGGGUUUCUUAUCACUUUGUUUCUGUGCAUGCACUUUUUUUUUUUUUUUUUUAAUUUCCAUUUUUUUGUGGGUGGGUGUGAUGUGAUGGCUGUUGUGGUGAUUCAGUAAGAGUUAGUUACACAACCCAGAGAGAUGUGUAAAUAGAAAAUGUAAUUUUCACAAAACCUUAUAAUGUCACAUCGAGUGUGUAACUUUCUUCCAAUAUCACAUAGGAAGUUUAACUUUUAUUGAAAUUUCCAAUGUCACAAAAUUAUUAGUCUCUCUUUAGGUUUCUUAUAGAGGAAUUGAUUCCUUGUAUUAACUAAGUGGAACAGUUGCUAUCCCAAGAAAAUACAACUCAGAGAAAUAAGAAAAUUAGUGGCCAUUUUGGCGGUGGGUGUAUAGAUAUUGUAUACCUUGAGUCGCUCUUUUGGCAUCUCUUUUCAAUAGAUCUUUUCUUUACUUAUCAAAAAAGGAAAAAAAAAAAAAACUCUUAAGAAAAUUAGUAGCUUUGGCUUGUUGAGGUAUAAUUUGCCUAUGGACUAAAAUUUGUUAUUACCAUUGAGAGAAUUUUGCCUUUAGUGUUCAGAUGAGCUCAUUUCCUUCAUUUGGUUGCUUCAAACUGAUUUUAAAUUGGAAGAUAUAUUUGAGUAGUCCAUCUGCUCUUGGGUUGGAGUCAUUUGGUUGACUGACCUUGACUUCAUGAUUGGUUCAUUACAACCUGCGUAUAGACAUGCUAGAGCCUCUGCCUGAUGCGCCAAACUGAAUGUGAUCUUCCCUUUCAAUGUGGUCAGAUUACUGAUUAUAUUGACCUUGUUUGUUAUUUAGGGUUUCUUAUAUUUGCAUGUUUUAAUCUAAGUGAAUAAUCCGUGAAGUUGUUGUAUUCAAAUUUUCCCAUGUCAACAUUUUCCUCCAACCAUUUUUUACUGUAUCAGGUUGAAGCUUGCUAAUUGUUAUGACAGCAUGAAGUGAAUAUAGCACCAAUAGCACGGUCUGUUGUUGGUGGUCGCAUGAAGUGAAUAUAGUGCCAAUGGCAUAAUCUGCAUUGAUUUAUAUUCUUUUCCUGCUAUUCUGUUGAUUCUUCAAGGCAUUUAAUGUUUGAAGAAUAAAUUGAACAUUGUUAAUUUGUAGCAAGCAUCUCAUUGUUGAAUUCUUCAAGUAGAUUAAGCAGAGCAGGAUAAACAUUUAUUUUUGACCAGUCUAUUCUAUGGUAAUUUUUUCUUCCCUACCUUUAAAACUUGAGACAUGCAAAUGGUCUGAGGCUUGGCAGGUAUUAAUAUUUGGUAUUUACUACCGUUCACCUUAUAUUGAUAUUAAAACCAUUUCAUCCAUGGAAGCAUAGAAGCUGGAAUUCAAAUGUUUCAGAGAUUGGGAGUGUGUUUUAUUUUUUAUUUUUUUAUCAUAAACUACUCUUAUUUUUGUUUGUUUAAUUAUGAUUGUAAAUGACAGGCUUUGCUUCUUUGUUUAGGUUAUCUCCUGUUGAUUGUGAAGCUAAUACAGAUUGUUCUUCUGAAUUUGGGCUUUAGCUGCUGCUGCUGCACUAAAAUAAUUUGCUAUAGCUCGACUGUGGAAUUCUCUGGAGGUGGUCAAUGAUAUAUGCAUAUUCACUAACGGCUUGUAAAUUGUCUUGAACACUUGCUGCUGUAAAGCAAACUGUUUCUUUAUCAUCCAUAUGCAGGAGAAACGUUUGAAGAUUUUAAUAUGCCUUAAGCUUUCAUUCUUAAAAUUCUUGUGCCCUAUCUAGACACCUUGUCUAGGUGACUGGAACAUCUGUAGUACUCUUUAAGGAAGUUAGUAGUUUAGUUGUAUGAGUUCUAUAAUGGGAAACCUUGUUCUUUAUUUUUAUGGAUGGAUCUCUAAUGUUAAUUUCAAUAUGAGCAGGAAAACAUUGUUCUUUA